AUACACAGAGUUUGGACUCCUGUUCUAUAGUCUUCAUGGUGUCGUAGCUCAACACAGUGUGAAAUAAGGUUAUUAACAUAAACAAAAAAAAUAUCAACCAUGAACGAUAAACAACUGCGUCAAAUGGAAGAGGAGAUGAGCAGGUUUGAGGCGGAAAUCGGUGGACAAAUAGUAACUCCACUGAUAAGGCCAGUCAUUGGAGCCAAUACAUACAGCCAGGUAGCACGACAAUUGGAACAACAUGAACUCCCAACAUCUGCAGUUGCUGCUGCCGCUGCUACUUUAGCAUUCCCUCCUAUGAUGGGAUUUCCACCGCCACCACCACCACCACCUCCACCUCCUCCACCGCCACCACUUUUGAUUCCUCCGCAAGUCGCUCGUCAAGUAAACAAUAUUCCCAUUACAACUUAUUCGUCACCAGCACAAAUAACCAAUCCUUACAUAUCCAACAUAACGGAUCCUAUUUUGACGCCGGCGCCAAAGGCAUUCGAAUCAACAUCAACGCCGCUGAUUCAUCCAGAAAUAAUCGAACAAAUUAUAAAUACAAAAAUACCUGAGGAUGAUGGAAAAAAGAAGCCCAAGGUUAAAGGAGUAUCAACAGCAGCGGAAUUGGCUAUCAGUCAAGGAAAAGCCAGUUCAAUUAUGGCCAAUGCCAAUGCUGAGGAAAGUCAUCCUAAGGGAAAAGGGAAAAAGAAUAAAAAAAUUAUCAGAAUGGCUGGAGGACAAACGUGGGAAGAUCCUUCACUUCUUGAGUGGGAUGAUGAUGAUUUUAGAAUUUUCUGUGGAGAUCUUGGUAAUGACGUAACAGAUGAAAUGCUGGUUCGAGUUUUUGGAAAAUAUCCGAGUUUCCAAAAAGCUAAAGUAGUAAGAGAUAAAAGAACUAAUAAAACAAAAGGCUUUGGAUUUGUUUCAUUCAAAGAUCCACAGGAUUUUAUCAAAGCGAUGAAGGAGAUGAACGGACGAUAUGUUGGAUCCAGACCGAUAAAAUUACGCAAAAGUUCCUGGAAACAACGAAAUUUAGAAACAGUCAGAAAAAAAGAAAAAGAAAAGCAAGCUCUCAUUGGUCUUCUAACUGGCAGAUAAUUUACAAGUCACCGAUAUUAAAUAGUAGAAGAAGUUGAAAAGUAUUGAAUUUGAUUGAAUAAUAAAAUGAAAUACAACUUG